AUGGCCUUGUCAGCAUCCCGUCCAAAGGUUUACCUUUCAGGGCCAGCUUCUCGAGCUGCUUGCCAGCAAUCUGACUGGCGUAGACGGCCCGACACCGCAGCAUUGAUAAAACACGAAAGCGAUUCGUCUUCUGCAGCAGCAGCAGCAGCAGCAGCAGCGGCAGCAGCAGAAGCAGCAGCAGCAGAAGCAGCAGCAAGAGCAGUAGCAGUGGCAGCAGCAGCGGGCGCAGCAGCAGCAGCAAACACAGCGGUAAUGGCGGCAGCAGCAGAAAAGGCAACAGCGACAGCAACGGCAGAAGCAGCAACAUUAGCAGCAACAGCAGCAGCAGCAACAGCAGCAGCAGCAACAGCAGCAGCAGCAACACCUGCAGCAGUGUAG